CGUGCUCGCGCGAAGGUGAUUUUAUUGUGUACUCUUAUAUUUUUACACCCUUUAACACGCGCUAUUUAUUGAGUAUCAAUAAAAAUUAAUGCGUAUAAUAAUCACAGUGUGUCGGCACUCAGAUUGCUGUUAAUUCGGGGCGAGUGAUCGUAACAAUGGUGAACAGUCUAUAGCAUAUAGAAGCAGAAGUAGAAGCAAUAGGAGCAAUACCAGCAGUAUUACCAUAGGCAACUAAUGGAUGCACAGUAGUACCAUUAUCACCGAGUAUUUGUGACAUUAUGAUAGCCCGAUACCGAGGCAGGAAGGGAUUUUCGUAGGGGGAUAUAGCGACAGUGUAUGUAUCACCCAUAUCUAAUUGUACCACCCAAGGUGGCAUACAUUUAAAGCCCCAUCAGCAUACAUCCUCUCUUGCAACUGACCAGGAUUUUGCCGCUUAUUUUUUGCACUUGAGACUCUGAUUCGCACAGUUUACGGACAGUGAAAGUUUAUUAAAAAAUAAAUAACAAUUACUAUUAUUAUCGAUAUUAUUAUUUUUAUCUGUUGAUUGGUAAUUUUCAGAAGGUUAUCGAUAGAUGAAUUAAAUUAUACAUUUGACAGCCGACGUUUAAUUUUACGCGCAUUAUUUUUUUUUCCUCGGCAACCGACAACGAGUCGGUCCACUUCGGGCCCCUUUGGGGAGCAUUUGCCUCCUCUUGUAGUCACUCUACACUUCCGCCUCACCGGAAGCGAGGUCCAUGUGAACGGGCAGAAGUGACCCCACCGACACCGAAACCGUAGCGUCCACACUACUGAAGAUGGAAGCUUCUGAAUUGUCUCCUCUAUCGGGAGCGGACGCUCAAUCAAAACCCGCAGAAAUCGAGAGGAGAACCUGCUACCGCGAUUCACCAAACAAGAGGCCACUUAAUAGACGUCAAAGGAUUGCGUCAUGUUUAAGCCACAAUGCAUUAACUAUUCUUACUAUUUCUGGUGUUGUUGGUGGUAUAGUGUUGGGUCUAACAUUGAGACAUGUACGCAGUGGUUGGACCGAACGUGAAAUAAUGUAUGUCAACUACGUGGGUGAACUGUUUCUCAGAAUGCUCAAGAGUUUGAUUCUCCCGCUUAUUAUUUCAAGUUUGGUAUCUGCUAUCGGCUCUUUAGAUUUAUCACUCAGUGGUAAAAUCGGAGCACGUGCUAUCACAUAUUACAUGGUUACUACUGUUAGUGCUGUUAUACUCGGUAUUAUACUGGUUAUAACAGUCCAACCAGGAAAGUAUGGUAAAAGUGAUAAUUCAUCACAAGAUAAUAGCGUGGGACCACGAAAUGUUUCGACUGUUGAUACAUUGAUGGAUUUGGUCAGAAAUAUGUUCCCGCCAAAUUUAGUUCAAGCUUGUAUUUCUCAGUACCGCACUGUACUUACAAGACAAUCUGAUAAUCCAUCUAAUGACAUAACCACAUGGAAAAUAUCAAGUGAGGAUCCAAGUGGAAUGAAUAUAUUAGGUCUGGUAGUAUUUGCAACAGUUCUUGGCAUAACUUUGGGUAAAAUGGGAUCAACUGGAAAACCACUGCUGAACUUUUUUGAAGCAUUGUCUUCAGCAAUGAUGAUAAUUACAAACUGGGUAAUAUGGCUGUCUCCAGUCGGUGUUUUGUUUCUCGUGUCAUCAAAAGUAUUGGAAAUGAAAUCAUUCGAUGUAAUAUUGGGUCAACUGGGAAUGUACUUUUUAACAGUUUUAGUUGGCCUCAUCGUACAUGGUUUCAUUGUUCUCCCAACAAUAUUCUUUAUAAUAACAAGGAAAAACCCUAUAAGAUACAUUUCAAAUAUGGCGCAAGCCGUCGCUACGGCAUUCGGUACCUCUUCGAGUUCAGCAACCUUACCAGUUGCUAUCGGGUGUUUAGAAGAUCGCAAUGGUAUUGACCCUCGAGUAUCACGUUUCGUAAUGCCUAUUGGUGCUACUAUUAAUAUGGAUGGUACAGCAUUGUAUGAAGCUGUUGCAGCUAUUUUUAUUGCCCAAGUUCGCGAGAUUUCAUUAACUUUUGGACAACUUGUUGCUGUCAGUAUUACAGCAACUGCUGCAAGUAUUGGUGCCGCUGGAAUACCACAAGCAGGUUUAGUUACUAUGGUAAUGGUUCUAGAUACUGUAGGACUUCCCGCAAAAGAUGUUACUUUAAUUAUAGCAAUUGAUUGGCUACUGGAUCGUUUCAGGACAUCAGUGAAUGUUAUUGGUGAUUCAUUGGGCGCCGGAAUAGUUAAUCAUUUAAGUAGAGAUGAGUUAGCAGCAUUACCACAUCAUGUACAAUCAAAAAAUGGUACCGAGCACAACACAACGUCGAUAUGAACUGAUUCGUUAAAUAAACCAUGACAAUAAAUAUUGGCCAGGGUAAAUGAGCGGCCAUUUAUGCAAUUAAAACAUAAUUAUGAUAAUAAAUUAUUAUAUAAAUAAUAUUAAUGUUAAUUAAUAAUUAUAGUAACAAUAAUCGAGGUAUUAAAAACUUAUUGUGUUAUAUGACACGAUUAAAAUUUAAUCACCGUUUAAGUGUUCUAGAUGCCUGAGUGUUUCAUUAUAUAUUUUGUUCUUCAUUAUUAUUCAAAUACUUUUUAUGAUCAUUGAGGUGAUUGACUGAUUUAUUUAGACAAUG